CGGAGCUCCAUAGUCCCUUCUUUAAAAGCGCUUCCCCGUCAAAUUUUUCUCCCACUACCAUACAAGACAGCAUAUCACUUCGCCAUGGCUGAAAACGUGCUAGACGACAUCUCCCACCGCAGAUUCAACCCUCUGCGGGGCUCCUACAUCUUGGUGUCUCCCCACCGGACCAAGAGACCCUGGCAGGGACAGCAGGAGAGCCCCUCCAAGAACACCCUCCCCAACUACGAUCCCAGCUGUUACUUGUGCCCCGGCAACAAGCGCGCCCAGGGCGAUACCAACCCCAAGUACGAGAGCACCUUUAUCUUCGUGAACGACUACAGCGCGGUCAAGGAGGAGCAGGCGUCUUACAAUCCGGACAAUGCCGAUGACCUCGAGUCCAUGUUCCUAAGAGCAGAACCAGUUACCGGAAAAUGCUACGUCCUCACCUUCUCCGCAGCGCAUAACCUCACCCUGGCCGAUCUGUCGCCCGCAGAAAUCACCCCCGUCAUCGAAGCCUGGACAGAGCUCUACACGUCGCACCUGUCGCCUAAGUCGCCGCUUGCUGCCAUCGCCCCGGCUACCACGCUGCCUCCCAACUCGCCCACUGCCAACCUGACCAAGCCCAGGGAGCAAUACCGGUAUAUGCAGAUUUUCGAGAACAAGGGCGCUGCGAUGGGCUGCUCGAACCCACACCCGCACGGACAAGUCUGGACAACCAGCUCGCUGCCGGAAGAACCUGCGAUGGAACUGGAGCAGCUGCAAAAGUACCGGCGCGAGCGCGGCGGUAAGCACAUGUUAGAGGACUAUGCGGCACUGGAAAGCAAGAAGCAGGAGCGUGUGGUUUUCGAGAACGAGGCGUUUCUGGUGGUGUGUCCAUGGUGGGCGACAUGGCCGUUCGAGACUAUGAUUGUGAGCAAGAAGCAUAAGCGUGCGCUGGUGGAUCUGGAUGCCAGUGAGAAGGGUCAGUUGGCUGAGGCUAUUGCUGAGAUCACCCGGCGGUACGAUAACCUGUUUGAGACGAGUUUCCCGUACAGUAUGGGUAUCCAUCAGGCGCCGCUUGAUGGUACGGAAGAGGAGGUUGAGGCGUCGUAUUUGCAUUUGCACUUUUAUCCACCACUGCUGCGGAGUGCUACUGUGCGGAAGUUCUUGGUUGGGUAUGAAAUGAUGGGCGAGCCGCAACGGGACAUUACUCCCGAGCAAGCCGCUGCCAGGUUACGGAAUUGCGGAGGAGAGCUGUACAGGAGGAAGCUGGACGGUUGAGUUCAGAUAUAGACAUAAUCAAUGGAUAUUCAUCCUCGUAUUACCACCGCCUGGUUCUCAAAUCAAGCAGCAAGAUAUCCCUCCCUUUGCGUCAACAUCCACACCAAGCUCGAACUGGCCACAAUCAACGGCGCAACAAACCUCCCCCUAAGCUCCGCACUGCCAAACCCCAACCACUCUCCCACAAAAUGCAUCAGCGCUAUUCCAAAGCUCCACGCCGCCAAAUCGUAAGCUACCGGUGUCGUAAUGUUAUACGCCGCGUAUCCGCGGACAAUCGAGGAGAGGAAGGUCCAGGUGCCGAAGGUGCGGGAGGCGAGAGCGUUGGUGUGGGAUUGGCCGGAGGGGGUUUUGGCAUUGUAAAGCUGCGCGGCGUAGGAGGGGGAACGGUAGGCUUGGAGGCUGUUUGCGGUUGAGAUUACGGAGACGAGGAACAGCCACUUGGGUA